AUGAGUGAGAAAUUUUCUGAGUUACCAAACAAGAUAAACAAUACUAGUGCCAAAGAACUUUCAGAUGAAGCAGAAACUAGGAAAUUGAACGACGAGACAACAGGCAACGCUUAUCCACUGCCUAAUAUCACAGAGAUAUUGGACCCGCUGGGAAGUGCGAAUUGCCUCUCCACAUUCGACUUGGCAAAGAUACAAAAGCAAGACUCCACGAAUUUCGUGAAUGUUUCAACCAUAAUAGGAAAAGAGAUAGCGAGUGUAUCUCAUUCAAAAACUUCUAUAAAACUUCACAACAUCAGAAGUGCUGUGAAUAAAGUAAAAGAAGAAGAAAAAAGGGUAACUAAGGAAAAGGAUUCUAAACAUUUUCAAGCUGAAGAAACGCAAGUUCAACGAGCUCAAAGAAAUCAAAAGGGAAAAAAUAGGGAAUCACCAGUCGAAGAUAUAUAUAAAAACUUGAAUAAGUACCCUAGCCAUUGGAUUAUAAUUGGAUUAAAAAUACUUUAUUGGUUACUACAUCUAAUACUUGACGUAGGUAACAUAGUAGGUAGUGCUGAUCUUAUGAUUCCCCCAGGAAAAUAUAGAUGGUAUCACACUAUACUAUAUACAAAAUAUUUUUUGGUUAAUAUGGCUGCGGCACUCUCAAAAAUUUGUAUCUUAAAUGCUAUUAGCAAGCAAUUGGAUAAUUGGAUCGAUAUCAGUAAACCUGCGUCUUGGCGCAAAAUAAAAACUAAAAUGAAGGAAAGGAACGAAACUCUCCCCGCACAAAUUGGUUUCGGACACCUAGCCAGAGAACCUAUUGGUGAAGUAACAAUCGAAGAGAACAUGGAUCCAACAUACGCAGAAUAUCUCGAAGAUCUGUUCGAUAAAUUAACACUGUACAACGAAUGACAAGAGAAAAAUUGAUAAAAUCCAAACUAAGAUCAAAAGAAUAUUACGACUGACGAAUCAGCCCCCAAGAUUUUAAAAUAGGAGAUUCAAUAUAUCUGCUAAAAGAACCUAGGAAGGAAAAUUCUCCGAUCAAUAUAUUAGACGACACAAAGUGCUAGAAAUCUUGCAGAACAAAACGUCAAGAUUGAAGUAAAAGGGAUUCCGCGAACAGUGCACUGAAACAAGUUAAAACUAGCGCAUAAUCGAAAUAAACAAUGAAUAAAGUGAUUUCAGUGGGCAACAUAGUGCAGUAGUGAAUGUUGUAGUGCUGUUCGUCAAAUG